AUGACAAGUUUCUUCAAGUCAAUUCUUACAAAUACACAUAAAACUGGAAUUUCAGCAUUCUCAAGAAUAACGAGUUUUCGUGGAUAUGUAGAGGGACUUAAAGAAUCGUCUGGAGUAAUUCAAAAACUCGCCGAAAGAAUUGAGGGUGAACCGGUUAAUUCGGAAGAACAAAUCGAUCCAAUUUAUCUAGAACCACAAAGGAUUUCUUCAAAGCAUAAUAUAGUAGUAUGUCAUAUACAUUUUCGUUCAUACACACCGGGACCAAUGGAUUUUUUUGUUGAUUUUGCGCGUCGUACAGCAUUUCACCUUGCAAUUCCAUGUUCCGGCACAAUUUAUUUACCAACGCAAAGAACACGAUGGACAAUGCCAAAGGGACCUUUUGUACAUAAAAAAUCUCAAGAAAAUUUUGAAAGAAAAACUCAUAAAAGAUUAUUAACAUUUAAAGAUGCAAAUAAAAAUGUGAUCGAUAGAUUAUUAUUAUAUUUAACUAAAUAUUGCCCCCCUGGUAUUGGUAUGAGGGUAACACAUUGGGAAUGGGAAGAUUUAGGUGUGGGUAAAAGGAUGUUGGAAAAUGCCAAAACCAAAGAGGAAUCUAGAAUGUAUAAAAGCGUUGAAAAUGAAUCCAUCGGCGCUGUUGGUUCUGAUGUUGGCGGUAAGAAGGUUUUAAGUGUUGAAAAUGUUGCUGACAUGCUGAUUAAGGGUAUGGAGAAAGAUUUGGCUAUUAAAGAUGAAAUUGAUUCAGAAUCAAAAGAUAAGGUAGAAAUACCUAUGGGAGAUAAUAUUAAAGAGGUUGGUAAUGCGAAAGAAAUUGAUAGUGAAAGUAGUGAUAACAAUGAAGAAGUACCCGUGAAAGUUGAUUCAGCGUAG